AUGAAUCUUGAUAAUCUUGGUAAUAUGAAAUUUGAGGGUUAGUAAGAGUUUAUUAGUAAAAGAAGAUGGGAAUAGAUUCUGAAUGUGGUAAAGUUAUUUUGAUUAAUUAGAGAAUAUCAGUAGAAGAGUGA